AUGCCGUCUGAUAUCCGAAACUUCUUUGGUGGCAAACCGUCUGGCUCAUCACCAAAUCCUCCGAAGAAAGAGGAUCCACCGGCUGCUCGGAAAAGAAGGAGCCGCAAAGUGGUCGACGAUAGUGACGAGGAUGAGGAAGCACCCGCUAAAGCUCCGACCCCAAAGCCCAAAGCUAAAGCUCAAUUGAAGCCCGAAGAGCCAAAAGGAGAGGCCACAUCAACCUCGGACUACUUUGCCUCUAGGUUCAAAAAGCAAGACAACCACAUCCCCGCGAAGACCUCAAGAGCAGCAUCCAAGAAAGUAUCCAAGAUCAUUGACGAGGAAGACCUUGGUGGAGAUGAUAUUUACGCUACAGAAUAUGCGAAGCCUGGCAAAGGCGAGGAUGACUACGUCGCAGGCGAUAGUGACGACGAUGAUGAUGACUUCGAGGUUCUCGAAGUCAAGCCAGCCACUGCAGCAUCCAAGAGGUCUCAGAAGAAGCAAACUGUCACAGACGAAGACGAUGACGUUGUGAUGGAUGACCUACCGCAGUCAAUCCCUAAGACUACAAGGCCCGGUCGCAAGCGCAAGUCCGAGGCUCUGCUGGAUGAGGAUGAAGACGAAGAUGAUUCAAAGGCAAAGAAGCCAGCUUCACGGGCCAAGGCUACCAAGACUACCGCGGCCCCCGCCGCGAAAAAGGCAAAGGCCAGCCCAAAGAAGAAAAGGAGGAGGAGCCCGAGAACCCAGAAAUCAAAGCCAUUUUCGACCGUAUCCCACUCAUCAAGCCCCCCAUCCCCGCCCCCCGAAAGCGAAAAGAAGAAAUGGACAUUUGGAGCUCAGCAAUCCCGAACCCCACCUCCCGGUGGCAAUAAGGAGAUCCCUCGUGGCGCAGAAAAUUGUCUUGCUGGCUUAACAUUCGUUUUUACCGGUGUCCUCGAAACUCUCGGCCGCGAAGAGGGCCAGGCAUUAACCAGCUUUGUCGUGCUUGGCGGCGAUGCUGGACCAUCGAAGCUCAAGACGAUAGCUCAAAAUAAUCUCAGGACAAUUGACGAAGAUGGUCUUUUUGAACUUAUCCGACAAAUGCCUGCCAAUGGAGGCUCUGGAACUGCCGCAAAAAGUUAUGAAGCCAAGCAGAAAGCCGAGGAGGAAAAGAUGCGCGCCGAGGCAGCCCAAAUCGAUGCAGAGGAGAAGAAGCAGCAGGCCGCAAAGCUUGCCGCUGCAAAGCACACCAGUCCUGCUAAGGGUGCCUCCCAAUCUACACAGCCCAAGCCUGCCAGUGACGAGUUAUGGACAACCAAAUACGCACCGACUGCUACCAGCAUGAUCUGUGGCAACAAGGGCCUCGUGGAGAAACUCCAAAACUGGCUGCGUAAUUGGCACCAAAAUGCGAAGAACAAUUUCAAGGUUGCUGGCAAAGAUGGUAGUGGUACUUUCAGGGCGGUCAUGAUUCAUGGCCCACCCGGCAUUGGGAAGACAACAGCAGCGCACUUAAUUGCAAAGUUGGAGGGCUUUGAUAUCAUUGAAACCAAUGCCAGUGACACAAGAAGUAAGAAGCUUGUUGAAUCUGGUACUCUUGGCGUUCUCGAUACCACCUCCUUGCAAGGAUAUUUCGCUGCGGACGGCCAGCAGGUCGAGAGAAGCAAAAAGAAUGUCGUUUUGAUCAUGGAUGAAGUGGAUGGCAUGUCAGCCGGUGACCGUGGUGGUGUGGGGGCAGUCGCUGCAAUUGUAAAGAAGACCAGCAUCCCCAUCAUCUUAAUUUGCAACGACCGAAGACUGCCCAAGAUGAAGCCAUUCGACUUCAUUACAUAUGAUCUUCCCUUCAAACGUCCUACUGUCGACCAAAUCCGUGGCCGACUUUCAACAAUCUGCUUCCGCGAGGGCAUCAAAAUGCCAGCUCCAGCUCUUGAAGCCCUGAUUGAAGGGACGCAUGCCGAUAUCCGGCAAGUAAUUAACAUGCUGUCUGCCGCGAAGUUAGAUCAAAAGAGCCUGGACUAUGAUACGGGCAAGGAAAUGUCAAAGGCUUGGGAGAAGCAUGUCAUUCUGAAGCCAUGGGAUAUUGUUAGCAAGAUCCUCAGUGCUCAGAUGUUCGGUCGCACUUCAAAAUCGUCAUUAAAUGACAAGAUUGAGCUUUACUUCAACGACCAUGAGUUCAGCUAUCUCAUGCUGCAAGAAAACUACCUCAAGACCCGGCCUGCUAUCGCAGGACAAUUCCAGGGCAAGGAACAGAAACUGAAAGAGCUAGAACUUGCAGAGCAAGCGGCCGCGAGCAUCAGCGAUGGCGAUCUUGUUGAUCGCAUGAUCCACGGAACUCAGCAACAGUGGAGUUUGAUGCCAACCCAUGCUUGUUUCAGCUUUGUUCGACCUGCCAGUUUCCAGUAUGGGAACAUGAGCCAGCGCCCGACGUUUGCCUCUUGGCUGGGUCAAAACAGUAAACAGACCAAACUUUCGCGAUUCGUCAAGGAAAUCCAAGGCCACAUGCGUCUCCGCACUUCUGGAAACCGUGACGAGAUUCGACAGCAAUACAUGCCAUUGCUUUGGGACAAGUCUGUCCGCCGGCUGCAGGAAGAAGGCAAGGACAGUGUUGAGUCCGUCAUUGAUUUCAUGGACUCUUACUUCCUGACCCGUGACGACUUCGACGCGAUGCUGGAACUGGGACUUGGGCCAAUGGAUGAGAGCAACGUGAAGCUCGAGUCACAGACAAAAGCCACCUUCACACGUGUGUACAACCAGCGCUCUCACCCACUGCCUUUCAUGAAGGCCAGUAAUGUGACUGCGCCAAAGAAGGGAGCGAAGGAGAAGCCGGACAUCGAAGAUGCUAUUGAUGAAUCGGAUGAAGGGGAAGUCGUCGAGGAGGCCAAGGACGAUGAAGAUGAGGAGCUUGACUUGAAGAAGGAUAAGUACGUGAGCCAGCCGAAGAAGAAGCCCGCAGCGAAGGGCAAGGCUGCGAAGAAGGGAAAGAAGGCAGUGGAGGAUGAUUUCAUUGAUGAUAGUGAGGAGAAGCCGAAGAAGGGACGUAAAGGCAAGGCCAAGGCUUGA